AUAUUAAAUUACUCUCAGAUACACGCAGAAAACUGCAUAAAAAAAUCUAAAAAAACAAAAAAAGCAAGGAAGAAGAAGAAGAAGAAAGUACAUCGAAAAGGAGCAUAUAAUCAAAGCCAAAGGGUUUGGCAAUUUUCAAAUUUUCAACCAACUAUAAAACUUUACCCACCAAAAUAAACUACUAAAAGAAAUAAAAUAAAAUUAGAAAAACACCAAGUGGAAAACGGUUUUAUCGCCGACUUCAAUAAGGUGUCGUCGGCGAUCUCUUGGUUUUUGUUGUUGUUGUUGUGGUGGUGGUGGGGGGAUUGGGAAUGGGGUUGUUCAGGAGGAUAGCAGGGUUUCUAGGGUUUGUUCGGGACGAUGCUCACGAUGUCAGAGAUGGAGAGGACGAUGAUAACAUCGAUGAUCUCACUGCUUCCCACAGUCGGAAUCCGGUCCACAUGCAAUCUACUGGGUUGCCCCGUAGAGGGUUCAGCGUUCCGGUUCAUGUCGCCGUUGACCGACCUCAGUCCGGUCCCGUUCUUGUUCCUUGUGAUUCUGGCCAUGGCGGUGUCCAGGGUCUGAAAUGGUAUGCAAAGAGACUCAGGGUAGAUGAGGAUGGAGAUGUUGCAGAUGAGUUCCUCGAUGAGGUCUUGCCUAAAACACCUAACGGUACAGAAAAUCAAAGGAAAUUGCCAAGGUUUGAAGUGAAAUACAGUGCCAGGCCAGCCAAAGUUAAGGGUCAGAUGCUGUCAUUGGAUGGCAAAAUCCAACAGUGUGUGGAACACCAUGGUAGAUUGCAAUGGGUAUGAAGACAUUUUAGAAGAAAACUAUCUGAUUAUGAGUGGAUGAGUAGUUAGGGUUUCAAUGAUUUAGUCCUAUGGCGCUAGCAAGUUUAAUGAAUUUGUCUACACUGGUGUGUUCUGUUUUCUCUUGUGGUGGUAAGAAUUGUGGUGGUCUGUAGCCCCAUUCUGUAUCACUAGCGUUGCUCACAAAGGGUUUUCGACAGUGGUGUUUCAUUGAGGAUUUUGGUUGGUACUGAUUCAUUUGCCCCAUUCUGUAUCAAUAGCGUUGCUCACAAAAGGUUUUCCACAAGUGGUGUUCCCUUGUGGAUUUUGGUUGGUACUGAUUCAUUUGCAAAUGAAUUAUGUGGAAACUGGUGCUCUCUUUGCUUGUUAUAGUUAAAUGUAAACAUUUAAUUUAGUGGACUCAUGAUAUAAAUAAGAAUAUAUUCUAAUUCCAUUAUUUACUUA